GUGGAUGGGAGUAAGUAAAAAUGUGAUGGAUGCUUGAGAGUGUGUGAAGGUGUAUGGCGAGGAUUGAAAUGUCGAUUAUCGAACCGGACACGUGGACAAUAACAUUUUCCAUUAUUGCGAUAGCACUACAUGCUACAUCCAUUAUUCAGUACCGUUCAGUCAGCACAAUAUGUUAUAGUUGAUUAUAACAGACGGUGGUCUGGUGAACAACUGGUAGAAAUCGUGACAUACUUAAUAAUGAGAAUCAUACAGUUUUGUGACGUUUGGGCAAGGUGUUAUUUGACACGAGCGCGGAUAUAGAAUGACAUAGAAGCUAAGCACCUCAAUCUGAGCAGAUCUAUAGAAGGUGAUAGAGAAAAUGCCGCGCAUCAAACCGUCGGGUCAGCCACCCAAAGUUUGGAAAUUGAUCGAGAAGACGGAUAAGGACGGGAAACCGAUGAAAUUUACGAUUCAGGAAAUUCCUGAGGACCGUUACGAAGACGCGGUACAACACAUGUGCACGUAUUUCUUAGUCGACGAACCGACCUGCCACUGUUUGAAUGCGAAAGAUGAUCCCGUAUUUGUACGAGAUAUAAGAACGCGCUGGCGCUUAUUACUCGCGGAAGGCAUAUCGAUAGCUGCAUUCACCGACAAUCCUAACGGUGGGAAACCCAUAAUCGCCGGUAUGAACGUUCUGGGUAUUCAUAGUAAAAAUGAGAAGGAUAACAUUUACGAGUUUAAGUCGGAGAAAUGCAAAUAUAGGUCCGAGAUUGUUGCUAAUGCAACGAAGGUGGUAUAUGAACGUUAUCACGAAAUUGACAAGUAUCUGUAUGAUAUUGGGCUUAGCGUAGACCCCGCUUACCGAGGAUACGGAUUAGGCAAGGAUAUUCUGAAAAUCAGAGAUCUUAUCGGACCUAUGUACGGAGUGCCAGCGACAUCCACUGGGUUCACAUCGAUAAUUUCGCAAAAGUCAGCGGCAGGUGUGGGAUUCGAAGAAUUUUCGAAAACAAACUUUACCGAUUUGGUGGACAAGAACGGGAAGGAAUAUUAUCCCGGUAUUAGUACUAAGGAGUUUAAAGUUAUGGGUAAAAGGUUGCUUUAAUAUAGUCCGACAAACGGAACAAUAACCAACACUGAAAAAGGAGAUUA